ACGAGGCGCAGAACUGACCGGAUGUUGACGCAGAUCUAGAAAACUAGGAGUCAAAAAACGCGCGUUUCUCUGCAGAACUGAAUGUUCCGUGGGGGGGGCAGACUUCCCCUUUAAGUCCGCCGACCUGCACCCCCCCCCCUCUCCGCGUCUCCUCCCCGUCGGCAGAACCUAGCAGUCGGUUCAGCUCGUCGGUCGGCGGCCCCGUCCUCCGUCUGUCUGUCCGCGGUGCAGCUGCAGCUUUCUGCCCCUGCCAUGCUCCGGGUCGGCCCGCUGCUCCCCGCCCUGCUGUUCCUUCUGCUUCCGGCCCGGAGCCGGGGCUAUUUCCCGGAGGAGCGCUGGAGCCCCGAGUCCCCUCUGCUCGCUCCGCGGGUCGUCGUGGCGCUCAUAUGCCGCAACGCGGAGCACUGUCUGCCGCUGGUGCUGGGAGCCAUCGAGCGUCUCAACUACCCGAAGGACCGCGUGGCGCUGUGGGUGGCGACAGAUCACAACUCUGACAACACAACAGCCAUUCUAAGAGACUGGCUCAUCCACGUUCAGAAGUACUACCACUAUGUGGAAUGGAGACCCCAGGAGGAACCCAGUCGCUUUACGGAUGAGGUGGGGCCAAAGCACUGGAAUAAUCUUCGUUAUGAACAUGUGAUGAAGCUCCGUCAGGCCGCACUGAACACCGCCCGUGAAAUAUGGGCAGACUACAUCCUGAUGACCGACUGUGACAACCUACUCACCAAUCCUGAUGUGUUAUGGAAGCUAAUGAGCGAGAACAAGACCAUCGUGGCUCCCAUGCUGGAGUCCAGAGCGGCAUAUUCCAACUUCUGGUGUGGGAUGACUUCACAGGGUUACUACAAGCGUACUCCAGCCUACAUGCCCAUCCGCAGGCAGGAGCGUAGAGGCUGUUUUGCCGUACCAAUGGUUCACUCCACCUACCUGGUAGACCUCCGAAAAGAAGCCUCCCGUAAUCUAGCUUUCUACCCGCCACACGAGGAGUACAACUGGGCCUUGGAUGAUGUCAUCGUCUUUGCUUACUCUGCUCGCAUGGCCGAUGUGCAGAUGUACGUAUGCAACAAGGAAACCUAUGGGUAUUUGCCGGUACCAAUGCGGGCCCACGCCAGCCUGCAGGAUGAGGCAGAGAGCUUUUUACAUACUCACCUGGAAGUCAUGGUGAAAGAUCCACCUUUAGAGCCUUCCAGCUUCCUGUCCGUCUCCCCGAAGCAGCCUAACAAGAUGGGCUUUGAUGAGGUUUUCAUGAUCAAUCUGGUGCGGAGGGCUGACCGUCGGGAGCGAAUGCUCCGGAGCCUGUACGAGCAGGAGAUCAGCUGUAAGGUUGUUGCUGCAGUGGACGGCAAAGCUCUGAACAUCUCUGACAUGGAGUCACUGGGAAUUAGAAUGCUGCCAGGAUACAAAGACCCGUAUCAUGGCCGGCCGCUCACCAAGGGGGAACUGGGUUGUUUCUUGUCUCAUUACAACAUUUGGAAGGAGAUCGUAGAACGCGGUCUGGAGACCUCCUUGGUGCUGGAGGACGAUCUCCGCUUUGAGGUGUUUUUCAAACGGCGUCUUCAGGCUCUGCUGCAGGAAGUGACGACACACCGCUUGGACUGGGACCUGAUCUACAUCGGUCGGAAGCGGAUGCAGGUGGACCGCCCAGAGAAGUCCGUUCCAAACAUUCACAACCUGGUGGAGGCAGAUUAUUCCUACUGGACUCUGGCCUACAUUCUGUCCAAACGAGGAGCGCAGAAGCUCCUGGGGGCGGAGCCUCUGAGCAAGAUGCUUCCCGUUGACGAGUUCCUUCCCGUGAUGUACAACAAGCAUCCGGUCUCGGAGUACAUGGAGCGUUUUGAGAGGCGGGACCUGCACGCCUUUUCCGCCGAGCCGCUUCUAGUGUACCCCACCCAUUACACCGGCGAUCCCGGCUACGUGAGUGACACGGAAACCUCGGUCGUCUGGGACGACGAGACGCUGAAAACAGACUGGGACCGGGCCAAGUCGAGGAAAACGCACGAGCAAGGGGAGCUGAGCUUCGAGGCACAGAAUUCCGAUGUGCUGCAGUCGGAACUGGAGAACUGGAGCGCACGGGAUGAGCUGUGACCAAAAAAAAAAAGAACCCCAAGGAUUCCAGAACCGAGGGGCGGAAAUUCAGGGAUCCAGAGAUGAUGGAGUUACAACAAAACUGUGACAGAAGGUCAAAGCAGGAACAGCAGAGAUGAUCGACGCCAAACAGACUUUUGCUCCAACACACUAACUCCAACUGUGGGAUGUUUUUUGUUUUGUUUUUUUGGGUGGGGGUGGGGGUGGGGGGGUUAGAUGCAGUCAGCUCCUGAAGAUCCAAACAGCUGUGGUUUUUAUUUUUCCAUGACUUGAUUCACUCGUUACUUUUGUAAUUGGCUUUUGUGACCACAGUUUUCAACGGAGGAAGAAGUCUGUGCUCAAAGCCAUAAGCCAUAAGAAUAUCAGUGGAUAUUCUUAUUUUAGAAAGAAUAUUCUACAGGAUGAAAAUAGAAACUGUUGGCGAGAUUCAAACUGUAACAGUUUGAAUCUGUUAGGGUGUUUUUUCUGUCUACUUUUCUCCUUUUGUUCUUCAGCGUUUCUUCUCUCAAAAUUCAUUUUGUUCCUGUCAUCUUCACCACUCAGUUUUAUAUUUUCAUAAUAAAUUUUUCAAUUUAUGACAUCGGAUUUAAAAAAAAUGUAUUUUUGUUGAAAAA